AUGAAGGUGAAUACCGGAUACACAUCCUUUGCCGACGAAAAAGGACAAAUGUUGCCGGGUCCAACAGCCAUGCUGAUUACAGCUCAUGAACUUGGUCAUUCUUGGGGCGCACUUCAUGAUCAGGCAGGAGACGAGUGCACUCCCAGUGAUGCUAAAGAUGGCCAGUAUUUGAUGUUUCCACAGGCCGCAUCCGGUUACAGUCCGAAUAACUACGUAGGUUCCCCUAUCAACUACAGUACUUACUUGGUCCGUGAUUUUUGCUGUUGUUGA